GAUUUAAAGAGACAGAGUACAAGGGUGGUGAUCUCGGCCUGAGGGCGCCAGGUCGGAGGCCUGCGGGGUGCGCCGGCGCCGGGAAGGCAGCUGCAUGACUUUGGCUUUGAAGACCCUCCUCCCACCAGCCCUCCGUGCACUCAGCCGAAAAGAACCGAGCCUGUUCCGAGAACACCUCUGGCCAGACACGAAGCCGUUCAGCCACUGGUCAGAAGCAGAUCGGCUUCACGGGCGCGGCCUCCUCCAGAAAAGAAAGCCCAUUCUGUCAUUCCAAAAAGGCCCUCUGAGACCACGUGCCACCAGCCUUGUCCCCUUGCCAGGGUCGCAUGCGGGACUCUGCGGUGAGCCCUGCGAGAUGGCCGAGCAACGGUUCUGUGUGGACUACGCAAAGCGAGGCACAGCUGGCUGCAAAAAAUGCAAGGAAAAGAUUGUGAAGGGCGUGUGCCGGAUCGGCAAGGUGGUGCCCAACCCCUUCUCAGAGGCUGGGGGUGACAUGAAAGAGUGGUACCACAUAAAGUGCAUGUUUGAGAAACUGGAGCGGGCCCGGGCCACCACGAAAAAAAUUGAGGACCUCACGGAGCUGGAAGGCUGGGAAGAGCUGGAAGAUAAUGAGAAGGAGCAGAUAAGCCAGCACAUUGCAGAUCUGUCUUCUAAGGCACCGAGCACACCGAAGAAGAAAGCCGUGGUGCAGGCCAAGCUGACCGCCACCGGCCAGGUGACGUCCCCAGGGAAGGGUGCUUCAGCCGCCCCCCGCACCAAUGCCCGGAAAUUUUCUGGCUUUUCAGCAGCCAAACCCAACAACUCCGCGGAAGCCUGCCCCAGCCCUGCACCUAAGAGAAGCCUCUCCUCAAGCAAAUGUGACCCCAAGCACAAGGACUGCCUGCUCCGUGAGUUUCGGAAGCUGUGCGCCAUGGUGGCUGAAAAUCCGAGCUACAACACCAAGACCCAGAUCAUCCAGGACUUCCUCCGGAAAGGCUCGGCAGGAGAUGGUUUCCACGGUGACGUGUACCUAACGGUGAAGCUGCUGCUGCCAGGGGUCAUUAAGAGCGUUUACAACUUGAAUGAUAAGCAGAUUGUGAAGCUUUUCAGCCGCAUUUUUAACUGCAACCCGGAUGAUAUGGCACGAGACCUAGAGCAGGGCGACGUGUCAGAGACGAUCAGGGUCUUCUUUGAGCAGAGCAAGUCUUUCCCCCCGGCCGCCAAGAGCCUCCUCACGCUCCAGGAGGUGGACGCCUUCCUCGUGCGGCUCUCUGCGCUCAGCAAGGAGGAUGAGCAGCAGCAGGCCCUGCAGGGCAUCGCCGCCAGGUGUACAGCCAACGACCUGAAGUGUAUCAUCAGGUUGAUCAAACAUGAUCUGAAGAUGAACUCAGGUGCAAAACACGUGCUAGACGCCCUCGACCCCAAUGCCUACGAAGCCUUCAAAGCCUCACGCAACCUGCAGGACGUGGUGGAGCGCGUCCUCCGCAAUGAGCAGGAGGUGGAGAAGGAGCCAGGCCGGAGGCGGACACUCAGUGUUGAGGCCACGCUCAUGACCCCGGUGCAGCCCAUGCUGGCCGAGGCCUGCAAGUCCAUCGAGUACGCGAUGAAGAAGUGUCCCAACGGCAUGUUCUCUGAAAUCAAGUAUGACGGGGAGCGGGUCCAGGUGCACAAGAGCGGGGACCACUUCAGCUACUUCAGCCGCAGCCUCAAGCCUGUCCUGCCUCACAAGGUGGCCCACUUUAAGGACUACAUCCCUCAGGCUUUCCCUGGGGGCCACAGCAUGAUCCUGGACUCGGAGGUGCUCCUGAUCGACAACCAGACAGGCAAACCGCUGCCCUUCGGGACUCUGGGCGUGCACAAGAAAGCUGCCUUCCAGGAUGCUAAUGUCUGUCUGUUUGUGUUUGAUUGUAUCUACUUCAAUGAUGUCAGCUUGAUGGACAGGCCUCUGUGCGAGCGGCGGAAGUUUCUUCAUGAUAACAUGGUGGAAAUUCCCAACCGGAUCAUGUUCUCAGAGAUGAAGCGAGUGACAAAAGCUUCAGACUUGGCCGACAUGAUAAACCGGGUGAUCCGAGAGGGGCUGGAAGGGCUGGUGCUGAAGGAUGUGAAGGGUACCUAUGAGCCUGGGAAGCGGCACUGGCUGAAAGUGAAGAAAGACUAUUUGAACGAGGGGGCCAUGGCCGACACAGCUGACCUGGUGGUCCUUGGGGCCUUCUACGGGCAAGGGAGCAAAGGUGGCAUGAUGUCCAUCUUCCUCAUGGGCUGCUACGACCCGAGCAGCCAGAAGUGGUGCACGGUCACCAAGUGUUCGGGAGGCCACGACGACGCGACGCUGGCCCGCCUGCAGAAGGAGCUGGACAUGGUGAAGAUCAGCAAGGAUCCCAGCAAGAUACCCAGCUGGCUGAAAAUCAACAAGAUCUACUAUCCCGACUUCAUCGUCCCAGACCCAAAGAAAGCCGCCGUGUGGGAGAUCACAGGGGCCGAGUUCUCCAAAUCCGAGGCUCACACGGCCGAUGGCAUCUCCAUCCGGUUCCCUCGCUGCACCCGAAUCCGGGACGAUAAGGACUGGAAGUCUGCCACCAACCUCCCCCAACUCAAGGAGCUAUACCAGCUGUCCAAGGAGAGGGCAGACUUCACGGUGGUAGCUGGCGAAGAGGGCAGCUCCCCUACAGGGGGCAGCAGCGGAGAGAACGGGGGCAGCUCAGGGCCUGCAGCGUCUCACGGGGCCAGAACCUCUCCCCAGCAGCCCCCCACCAGUGCCAGGAAGGCAGGAGGGAAGCUGAGUCACCCCGGCAGCUCAGGUGGCCACCAGCUGACUGCAAAGCCGUCCCCUGUGAGAGUGGGAGAGAAGCGGAAGGCUUCAGAUGAGGCCCCGUGCCAAGCAAAGGUGCUGCUGGACAUCUUCACGGGGGUGCGGCUCUACCUGCCGCCCUCCACCCCAGACUUCAGCCGUCUCAGACGCUACUUUGUGGCAUUCGAUGGGGACCUGGUACAGGAAUUUGACAUGGCCUCAGCCACACAUGUGCUGGGUAGCAGGGACAAGAACCCUGAGGCCCAGCAGGUCUCCCCCGAGUGGAUCUGGGCAUGCAUCCGGAAACGGAGACUGGUAGCUCCCUGCUAGGGCUGCUGCCUUCCCGCGUCCUCAUGGCCCACCCGUUCCUACCUCGGGCAGCGGCUGGGGCAGAGCGCCGGGUGGGGACCAACUCUCCUCCAAGCAGUGUGUCUUCCAAACCCCCGCCCGCGCGGUCUCCUGCAGCCGGGAGCCAGGUGCUCUGGGCCCCGCUACUGAAGCCAUUUCCUCCUGCUGGUUUGUAUCGAUCUGGGUGCUGGUUUUGUCAUCUUUUUGUUUUCUUUAAAAAUAAGCUUUUAUUCCUUUUUUUAAAUAAAGUAUCUUGCAGUUAUCCCAGUCCUCCCCACCCUGCUCCACCUCCUGUAAGUUCCCUAGUGAUUAAGGAGUGAAGUGAGGGCUGGGGUCUGUCCCCAAAGCCAAGCCCAGUGGCCGUCUCCUGCCCCCCUUGCCUGCCCCUUUUACGUCCAGGCUCAUUUUAAAGUUGUAUUUCAGAGGCUCCCCUCCCUCAGAACGCUGCUCGUGUUCGGCAACACUCAUGCUAAGCCGGGCCCUUCUGCCCAGGAACGAAGCCUCAUCCGAAGCACGAACUGCGUGGUGUGACCGUCUGCACGCUCCUGUCGCGGGGGGUGGGGUUGCUGUGAUGGUGCAGCCCCGGAUCAGCUGGGCAAGGGGGGCCAUUUGGGCCGCUGCUCUGGGGGAUGCAAGGCGCAGGGAGGACCCGCCUCCCCGAAACUCUGGAAGUAAGACUGCAGGUGAAUCUGCAUAGUCGGCUUACAAAGAAAGGCUCCUUCCUUUGCCACCCGAGGCUGAUUUAGUUGAAUAAAAGGAAAACAAUUUAGUGCA